AUGCACUCCGACAAUUCACACAGCCUUAGCGAAACAGAUGAGCGCACAAACCGCAGUUACCGAGAUUCUCCCAGUAGCGAGAUUGAUGAGUCGCCAGCUCCGUCGAUUCAUAUGACAACACAUGAAAGUGGAAGUAGAAAGAAACCUGAUACUUCCGCUCCUUCUCGAGAAAUCAACGAAUUCGGUGUCGGAAUCGGCCAUGCCACAUUAAGAUCAUACAGAGAUCAUCAGGGGCGCUUCAAAACGGUUCAGCUAGUCGGCGUGCCAUCGGAAGACGAGAAACGUACCGAUACGGCCCAGAUACCAGAGGUCACUUUCUACCAUCAUGUGGACGCAUUCGGAAAAGUCCGGCCAGAAAGAAUAGAGGUAGACUGGUGGGAAUUUAGCGAUUUCCUGAGGGGCCUCGAGCCGUUCCCCUUUUCUGAAAAGGCGACAGGUCGAGGAAUCGUUUUCUAUCCACCGUAUGUGUCGCUUUUCCUCCGCUUAGACGCGUUCGAGAGGAAGGUAUCGACAGCGUCGCCAGCGUCUACAACUGCCAAUGAUACCAAAGCUUCAAAACAUAAUCUUGCCAUUUCUAAGACGAUCCUAGAGUUUCUCAAACCAACCUUCAAUGAAAUCCGGUCGAGACUCGAGGCCUUGAAAUCGGCCGGUCCCAGCACUCUUGUCCAAUAUGACGACCUCUGGAUGCUUUAUACACCAGGCGAACCCAUUUUCGUCAGAAUUCAGGGCCUGGAGACCGUGUGCUUCAUCGUCGACUACCCGAGUAUCAGCACGGCAUCCUCGGGAAUGUACCAUGGACAGCUGAUGCUACAUGGCUGGUCAAUUGAAUACAGUCCGCAGCGGUCCGCCUUCGUUAAGAACUUUUGUGUAUGGAACGUGGAGCGAUUCCAUGGUGGAAAAGGGAUCGCAAAACUACGUCACGUACCGGCAAGAUUCAUGGAGGAUCUAGAUGCUGUCAGGGCAUUUGCAGUCUCUCGAGGUCAGAGCUACUGGGAGAUGAAAACGACAUCUAGAUUUCAACAGUUGGUAACAUCCAAAGCACGUGGCCAUGACGGGGGUCCUGGAAUGAGAGUAAUUGUGGAGACCCAGGUCGACAGUGCAAUGGAUGAAGGCCGGCUCCCCCGCGCUCCAUCAACCGUGUACAACCAACGCGAAGCUAUCGCAAAGUGGAGCGAAAGGGCUGGAAGAGGAUCUGAUAUUUCUCAGACGACUAACAAUGGCGGGACAGGUUACGAGCCUGGGGAUGUCCCCAUGCGAACCGAGGCCGAAGAAGUAGGAGAUACGCGGGGCAAUUGGUUUCGUGACUACGACAGCAUUUCGCCAACGACUAAACCGGAUGAGCUGGCUCUCAUGCUUUGCUCUCAAUUCGUACGUGGAUUCAGUCUCCGUGACAAAGGAUGGGAUUGGUAUCGUGUUCUCGACUUCAAACCUGUGCAAUUUGCAGUCGAUGCAUGGAAGCGGCUGGUCCUAAAACCGGAGUACAAAGAAGUCAUCUGGGCUAUGGUCAAGUCCUAUCUCGCGCAUAGUACUAAUUUCCAUGAUCUUGUUGACGGAAAAGGCGAGGGCUUGGUCAUUCUUCUUCAUGGGCCUCCAGGCGUCGGCAAAACUUUGACCGCAGAGUGCGUUGCAGAAUCAUUCAAGAAGCCUCUUUACAUGGUAACCGCAGGAGAUCUUGGGACAGACCCCGAGACCCUCGAGGGGAAGUUGUCGAAGAUCUUCCGCCAUGCCGUAGCAUGGGAUGCCAUACUGUUGCUUGACGAAGCAGACAUCUUCUUGCAGGACCGAGACUACGACAAUCUACAAAGAAACGCGCUGGUAUCCAUCUUCCUCCGAACGUUGGAAUACUUCAACGGCAUCAUGUUCCUGACCAGCAACCGCAUCGGCGCCUUCGACCAAGCCUUCCAAUCCAGAAUCCACAUCACAAUCGGCAUGCCAGAAUUCGACGAACCCCUCCGCAAAGAAGUCUGGAAGAUCUUCAUCCAAGACCUCGGCCGCAAGCGCCGCGAUGGCUCACCAGCUCUUCUCUCACGAGAAGAAUGCAAAGCCCUAGGCAGCGAAGUGACUAAAUCCUGGGCUUCGCAGCCUCUCAACGGCCGCCAGAUCCGCAAUUGUGUCAGGAGCGCGUUGGCGCUGGCGGAAGAUAAGGGGGUCAAGCCGGACGCGAGCCACUUCAACAAGGUCCUCAAGCUUGGAAACGCGUUCACCCAGUACAUGACCAAGUUGCAGAAGGCGGAGGCUGAGGAGAUUGCCCAGAUCAAGGGCGAUCGACUCGCGGCGAUGAAGGACAUCAUGGCUCAAAGUGAUGCUGCUUAA